CGAAGACUACACGUUCGAUACCCUUCUAUAAUGUGCUUUGGGCCGCCCAGUCCGAAGAUGGAGAAAUCACGAUCCAGUACGCGCAUCCCCUAUCGACUUGACAAAGCCGACAGCGCAGACGUACCUGCGUGGAUAGAGAAGCUGUUGUCCCGCGCAUAUGGAUCCUCCCAACGGCAAAAGCGCAUCAAAGUGCUGAUCAACCCUUUCGGAGGUCAAGGCUCGGCCCUGAAGCUGUACAACACACACAUUGCGCCUAUUCUGGCGGCUGCUCGAUGCGAGCUGGACGUAGAGAAGACACAGUACCGCGGGCAUGGGGUGGAAAUAGCGCAGAAGCUGGAUAUUGACAAGUAUGACGUGGUCGCCUGCUGCUCUGGCGACGGGAUACCCCACGAAGUGUGGAAUGGUUUGGGCAAGAGACAGGACGCGGCUAAGGCGCUGGAGAAGAUCGCGCUGGCACAACUGCCUUGCGGAUCUGGCAACGCGAUGAGUUUGAACCUCAACGGCACGGAUAGUCCUAGUCUGGCAGCUCUGGCCGUCGUCAAGGGCCAUCGCACGCCAGAGGAUCUGGUGUCCGUUACUCAAGGAGACAGGCGCAUGCUCUCCUUCUUGUCGCAAUCAGUGGGCAUCGUAGCGGAGACGGAUCUGGCUACAGAACACCUCCGAUGGAUGGGCAGUGCGCGCUUUACUUGGGGCUUCCUCGUCCGUUUUCUUCGCAAGACAAGCUAUCCCGCCGACAUCGCCGUCAAGGUCGAAUAUGCCACCAAGGAGGAAAUCCGCAACGCCUACCGGGCUGCAGCCGCAAAUCCGCCUCGUACUCCGAAGAAACAACCGCUUCAAGCAGCAGAUGCGGGUCUUCCCGACUUGAAAUACGGCACCGUCAACGACCCCCUCCCCGACUCGUGGACCCUCGUUCCGCACGACCAACUGGGCAACUUCUACGCCGGGAAAAUGGCCUACAUGUCCCCCGAUGCCAACUUCUUCCCGGCCGCCCUCCCCUCCGACGGCUGCCUCGAUCUCAUCCGCGUCCGCGCCGACAUCGACCGGCGCGCUAACAUAGCGUGCAUGCUCGCUGUUGCGGACAACAAGUUGUUUGACCUUCCCCAGGUGGACUAUCAGAAGGUUUCUGCGUAUAGGAUCAUCCCGAAGAAUCAAAAGGAUGGGUAUAUUUCGAUCGAUGGGGAGAGGGUGCCGUUUGAGCCGUUUCAGGCGGAGGUACAUAAGGGGUUGGGGACCGUGUUGAGUAGGAAGGGGCAUUUGUUUGAGGCCAAGGGGGUGUGAGGGAUCGGUGACUUGAUACCAGAUUAGUCUCUUGUUUUAGCUCUUGGGUUAUGUAAUAUGAGAAUUUAGGUUUCUUUCUCUUGGCUGCAUUUGAGUAUCUUCAUAUCUUCAGUCCACUUGUGUUUUCCAAAGGGGUAAUAGGAUGGUGGAGGGGGGUUGGUGAAGAUGUACCUAGUGGGUGUUCAAGACGUUCAUGUUCAGUACGCAAAACUAAUUGGGGAAUAUGCACUGUCUAUAUGUGAGAAGGACGAUCGUAAAGGCAAUACUGUAGUUUUGGAGCUCUUAGCAAGCGGGUUCACAGUGGUUACACUUUGC